AUGUUUCCAGCUGGAUUUUCUGGAGAGCGACUGAGGGGAGUGCGGAGCCUUUGCCUGAACCUUGUGUUUGCACACACACCUUCCUUCAAGAUGGGGCGCAUGCACAGCGGCGGGAAGGGUAUCUCCAAGUCUUCUCUCCCCUACAAGAGGAGCCCGCCCUCGUGGCUCAAGAUCUCCGCCCAGGAGGUCACCGAGCACGUGUGCAAGCUGGCCAAGAAGGGUCUCACUCCUUCGCAGAUCGGUGUGAUCCUGCGUGACUCCAACGGUAUCGCUCAGGUCCGCGCCAUCACCGGCUCCAAGAUCCUCCGCGUGCUCAAGGCCAACGGCCUUGCCGCCGAGAUCCCUGAGGACCUUUACAUGCUCAUCAAGAAGGCGGUGGCGGUGCGCAAGCACCUGGAGCGCAACCGCCGCGACAAGGACUCGAAGUUCCGCCUUAUCCUCAUCGAGUCUCGCAUCCACCGCUUGGCUAGGUACUACAGGACGAACCGCAAGCUGGCAGCCAACUGGAAGUACGAGUCCUCCAGCGCCAGCGCUCUGGUCGCCUAAGACAAGGGCCGUGCUCGAUGAUGAUUGACCGCAACUCCGUCGUAGAAGCAGGCAGAAGCUCUCGUCGGAGAUGAUGCAUGAGAAAAGCCGAUGUUCCCUUUUGUGUUCCGAUUCCCUCGCUUCAGAUGUUGUUGACUUGGAUUAAGAUUUGGCGCUAACGCGUGAAGGGGGCAAACGGAUUUUGGUUGCUCCAUCUCUGGGAGAAACCUAUGGUUUUCUUGUACGCGGCGAGACAGUGCGGCCUCGUGGUAACGGUAGUGGCGGUGCGAACGGCUCCCCGAGAAGGGAGGGAAAGGCGAAGCAAAAAAUGAAGAAUAAAGGAA